AUGCACUGCAGCUGCUGGGCCGAGGGCAUCCCGGGCCCUUCUGGCAACUACUGGAUCUCAGGCCUGGCCUUCCCGGACUGGGCCUACAAAGCCGAGUCGUCCCCAGGCUCCCGGCAGAUCCAGCUGUGGCACUUCAUCCUGGAGCUGCUGCAGAAGGAAGAGUUCCGCCAUGUCAUCGCCUGGCCGCAGGGAGAGUACGGAGAGUUUGGCAUCAAGGAUCCAGACGAGGGGGCCCGCCUCUGGGGCCGGAGGAGAUGCAAACCACAGAUGAAUUAUGACAAGCUAAGCCGGGCCCUGAGAUACUACUACAACAAGAGGAUCCUGCACAAGACCAAAGGCAAGAGAUUCACGUACAAGUUCAACUUCAGCAAGCUCAUCGUGGUCAACUAUCCUCUGUGGGAAGUGCGGGCGCCACCGUCCCCCCACCUGCUGCUGGGCACCUCUGCCCUGUGUCAUCCAGCCUUAGUGCCCAUGGGCGUGCACAGCGAGCUCCUGCACAGCAUGCUGUUCACUCAUCGGGCCAUGGUGGAGCAGCUGGCUGGACCACGGAUCUCCCGAGGGCCACCAGACGCCCCUGGAGAGAAGAAGGGGAGCAGCAGCAGCGUCCCCCGACUCGUUUCUGCCCCAGGCUCCAGCGGGCUCAGCCCUGGCUGCCACUUUGGGAGCCUCCAGGGUGAGCUGCCCAGUUUGACCUCCUUCGCCCCUCCGCUGCCCGCCCACCUCCCCUCCCACUGGCCCCGCCUCUCAGGACCCUUCUUGCCUGCUGUGCCCGCAGAGCCGCAGCUCCCAGAGGCCUCCAAGCCUGAUACCCUGCUCCCAGCAGCGGGCUGCCUCUCAGGGGCCCAGCAUUUCCCAGGGCUCCCGUUUUUGGCAGGGCUGGGACAGGGUACGGUUGAGAGGCUUUGGCUCCUGCCCCCCAGAUCUGAAGGGCUGCAGCUGAAGCCUGACCCCAUGGUGGGAAGUAAGGUGUUCCUGGGUCCCAGGGGGGGCUUCUCCUCAGAGACCCACGGACUCAAAACUGGGGAGGAAAGCCCUGCGUCCCCCCGUCUGGAGAACUUCAAAGCAGUGUGGCCCUUGGACCCUCCUUAA